AUGAGGAGGCACCGAUCGCGGGAUGGGAAGGUGGGGGGCGGGUUUCAACACCCUUUCUGCCCCCCCUUUUUCUCUUCUUUCCCCUUCCUCUUUCUCUCGUUCGCAGUAGCAGGCUGCCCCCCCCUCCGGCGCAGGCAGAGGGGCCGAUCUCACACCAGCGGCAGGAGGAGGAGGAGGAGGAAGAAGCCGGCCCCUCCCGCCCUCUCUGCCUACCUUCCCCCUUCCCGGGCGGCCGAGGAUGGUGGCAGGGAGGGGGCCGCCUGUCUCAGCUCCCCCGGACCCACGGGCGAUGCGGGGCGCGAUGAGCGAGGGAGGAGACCCUCGGCCGCUGUUCGGGCGCGGUGGGGACUCCCCCUUCGCCUCUGCGAGGGUGGGGAAGGGAGCGAAGAGGUUGGAAGUCGGGGUGGGAGGGGAGGCCGCGCAGCGACCCCUCCGAGAAGAGGAUCGAGAGGUAAAAUUAAAAAAAAUAAAACAGGAGAAAAAUCACGGUCGGGAAGGCCGGGGGAUUCGCCCCGGAAUAGCCGGGCGGGGGAGGGGGUCCCCGGCGCUGCCCGGCGGGGGGGGCCGGGGCGGGACGGCGGCAGCGCGGGGGCCGAGCGCAGGCUCCCUACUGCCCCUGCCUGGCGCUCCGGGGGCGUGUGUGCGGAGCGGGCAAAGCGGGGGAGGAGGGCAGUGCGGGGAGGGAGAAUUCCGGGAAAAGGAGAAGAGAGAAAAGGAAACAGAAAGAUAGGGAAUAGCGAGGGAACGGGCAGGCUGGGGUUGGGGGGGGGGGGCGUCUGGGCUCCUCGGUUCUCUCCCCGUCCCCUGUCCGAGCCCCUGGGUCUCUGUGCGCUGCCCUCCCCCUGGCUCGCCCCGUCCGGCUCGGCCUCUCGCUCCCUUCUCCUCCCUCCGUCGCUCACACACAAACAAAAUGGCGGCUGUUGUUCCUUCGCUCUCCCGAGCCCUCGGAGGGAAGCGGCGGUGGCGGCGGCGGCCGGAAAUGAGCCAAGAGAACACGGGGGGCGGGGCCGCCACGGGGGGCGUGGUCAGCCCUGCGGGCGGGGACACGGCGGGGCGGGGCCCGGCGGCGCUAGCGCACACAAUGGAACGCGGGGCGCCGGCGGGGUGGGGGGAGCGGCACCGCCCCAGCCGCCGUCACGAGACCGCGAUUAUCCAAUCAGCGCUCGCCUCUCUCCGGGCUCUUCCGCAAACUCCACUGGUCCCGCCCCUUAAAGGCGAAGGGUUUUUCCCUUAAAAAAAAAAAAAAAAAAAAAAAAAAAAAAAAAAAAAAAAAAAAAAAAGAAAAAAAAAAAAGCUCCUUCUUCCUGCCCCGCCCCACACGCCCUUAUCUGUCGGCCCAAAAGUGCGCGGCGUAGGCCUGGGGGAGCCUGGCCUGACCCUGUGGUUCCUCCCCCCACCCCGGUCUGCUGCACUGCACUGCCCGGUGCCUGCUGCCCGGCCCGGUGGGCUGAGGCGCCGGCGGGAAGAGCGCGGUUCUUUCGCCGCCGCCCUCCCUCCUUCCCUCCCGGCCGCCGGCUCCCGGCCGGUUCCCCGCGGCGCCGGCGGGCGGGGCGCUCCUGCCGCCGGUCCCGGGCCGUGCUGCGCCACAGACAUGGCAGCCCAGGCCGGCAGCCCCCGGCCAGCGAGCAAAGGGGCUGGGGAGCGGGGCCCGCACCCCGAGGCCCCCGAGGCGGGCGAGUGGAUAUGCGAAUCACAUAAUCGCAGAAUAAAUUAUAUUAGAAAAGCCCUCUGAGAACAUCGAGUCCAACCUGUGACCGAACACCACCAUGUCAGCCAGACCAUGGCGCUGAGUGCCACGUCCAGUCUUUCCUUCAACACCGCCAGGGACGGAGACCCCACCACCCUCCCGGGCAGCUCCCAGUGCCUAAUUGCUCUUUCUGUGAAUAAUUUCCUCCUAAUCUGGAGGCGCUCUGUGCUGCCCAUCCCGGGGGUGCCCAGAGCUGCCUCAGGCUCCCGUCGGCGUUACAAAACAAACAAAAACCCCCAAACCCCACACUUUUACGCCAAAGGGUAAAUAAGCCCACAAGCCCCGCGCCCUCUGCCAGACCCCCGCGUGUGCCGGGGAUGGCGCAGGGCACGGUGUGAGGGAUGGCAGAGCCCUGACAGCGCUCCCGCCCCUCAGAGGGGCUGUCGCAGGCACAGGUGACACUGGCGCGGUCCUUCGCCAGCCCUCUCAGCCCCCGAGCCGCCCCAAAGGUUACGGGCCCGCCACGAGUUUUCCUCAAAUCUCUGAGGGCCGAUCCGUGAGGAAAUGCCCCAUCCCGGCAUUUCCCUUCGGUGCGUUUGGACUCCGUCGGGCCGCACACCACUACGAGAUAGGAGUGGAAGGGAAAUGCAGGCACGUGCAUGUUUUUGAUGGAGAAUCAGGGGGUGUUGAUCCAAAACCGGACAUUUGCGAGGAGGACUUCCCUUGCCGCUGUCCCUCAGGGCUGAGCUCUCUGCAAUCCACGUAAGAGCCGCAGCAGGUAUUUGGGAAGUGCCUAGACUAAACACAGAAUCAAUACUGCAGCCUACAAGAGGAGCCUACACACAGGAGGAGAUUCACAGCCCUCAGGAGAAAAAAGGCAUUGUAACAUCAACCACGCAAAAAAUCCCAUUUGCUGCUGCUGCUGCUGCCCUGCACGGUGAGUGUUGGCCCAGUGUUUGGGAGUGGACAGAGGGGACUUUGCCUGUCCAUGCUGGAUGUGCUCCUGGCAUGCCUGCUGCCUGCCUCCCCUGGACAUCCUGGGGUGAUGUCCCAGACAGCUGCUUUGGCAAAAAGGACAGUGCUGCUGGACAAAUGGAGACGCAAAACUUACAACACCGGAGUGAGAAGAGUAGUGAAAAGUCUGGCAGCCGGAUGUGUCAGUUGUCUUGGCAGCAAUGCAGGGUUUUUUCUUGUUUACUCUGCUAGAUGUAGGCAUCAGAGUUCCUGCUGAAAAGGAACAGGGUUGUUCAAAGCCUCUCGCGAUUUUGCAAUUUGCUGGUUUAUAUGUCUUCCUAUCUGUGCCACUUACAGAUACAUAUGGAUAAAUGUAUAUGUAUAUUUGUAUACCUCAGAGGUAUCAGAAUUAAACAUAUUUUGUUUUGAAUAUUCAAGCCAUCCCAGCAUAGUUACGUCCUGCAAAAAAACUAU